CGUUGACCUCGUUCCCUUCCCAAGCAACUAUCGGCAGCCGCAGUUUAGCAAGUUUAAUGGAAGCGGGUCACCACAUGAGCACAUUGCCCAUUUCCUUGCAGCUUGCCAAGACACAGCUCAUAAUGGGGCACUUUUGUUGAGACAGUUCGUGCAAACAUUGUCUGGCCAUGCCUUCACUUGGUACAGCAAGCUAGCACCCAGUUCAAUCAAAACAUGGGAACAAAUGCAGAAUUCUUUCCUUGAGAGAUUUUACAGUACCCAAAGGACUGUAGGCAUCACAGAGUUAACCCAGACUGAGCAAGGCAUGAAUGAGAAGGCAGCUGAUUUCAUUAAUAGAUGGAGAAAUCUAAGUCUACAUUGCCCACAGCCAAUCACUGAGCCGGAAGCAGUGCGCAUGUGCACAAAUAACCUGCUUUCUGAUGUGGCCGUGCAGUUACAAGGAGUGCGGCCAAUAACAUUUGAAGAGCUAGCCUCUAAAGCCACAGAUAUAGAGAACUAUAUGCAGCUUAGAGCUCGUCGAACAAAGCCGACAUUCAAUAAACCUAUGGAGAAAAGUGGCCAGCGGGAGAAACCACCAAGCAAGCCAAGGUCAGCCCAAGCGAUGGAAACAACUAUGAGCCCUCACUUCCAGUCCGGGAGAGGUGCGCCAAGGAACCAAGAGCAAAGAGGCACACCGCUUGCUAGGAGGCCAACUCUCAGCGAGCGUCAAAACAGGGAGUAUUCGUUUCCGGUAGAAGAAAUUGAUGAUCUUUUUGCGGGUUUAAAGGAGUUGAAACUUAUAGAACUUCCCAAUCCCAAAAGGCCGGAAGAAGCUUCAAAGUUCAAUGAACCAAACUUCUGCCAUUACCAUCGCAUCUUGGGCCAUACACUCAAAGAUUGCUUCGUGGUAAAGAAUAUCAUCCAGAAAAUGAUUGACGAGGGGACUAUCGAUGCGGAUCUCCUCAAAAGUAUGACGAAGGGAAAGAAGAUGGCGUCAGCAAAUGUCGCCACCCUUCAAGAUGAUUCGGCCAUUCGGAAGCCCAGGAUCAGCAUAAAGAAGCGGCUAACGUACCCUGCAACCAUGGUGUAUGGCCCGGCUUCUCCGCAUCUCGAGGAUCCGAAGAUCGGGGGCAGCGGCGGUCAAAACGUCGUGUACUACCCCGAGUGAUGGAAGAAGCUCCUCCUCUGCGCUUCGCACCAAAGAUAUAUCAGCACACCACGAAGCGCAUGAAGGUCCCUAGUGAAGAAUUCAACGUUCUCACUAUUGGUGUGUUCGAGGAUGAAGAUGAGUCUCUUUGUUUUCCUGAAGAAGAACCAUUAGAAGUUGAUCAGGUUCAUCUUAGAUCAGGUCGCCAACUAGCAGACCCACAUCCCCCA